CUCAGUUCUAAAGUCCCCACGCGCCCGUCCGGGCUCAGAGUCUCCUCAGACGCCAAGAUGCGGGUCGUGGCGCCCCGAACCCUCCUCCUGCUGCUCUCGGGGACCCUGUCCCUGACCGAGACCUGGGCCGGCUCGCACUCCUUGAGGUAUUUCGGCACCGCCGUGUCCCGGCCCGGCCACGGGGAGCCCCGCUUCAUCUACGUGGGCUACGUGGACGACACGCAGUUCGUGCGAUUCGACAGCGACGCCGAGAGUCCGAGGAUGGAGCCGCGGGCGCCGUGGAUGGAGCAGGAGGGGCCGGAGUAUUGGGACCGGAACACACGGAACGCCAAGGGCCACGCACAGACUGACCGAGUGGACCUGGGGACCCUGCUCCGCUACUACAACCAGAGCGAGGCCGGGUCUCACACCCUCCAGACGAUGUACGGCUGCGAUCUGGGGCCCGACGGGCGCCUCCUCCGCGGGUACCGGCAGGACGCCUACGAUGGCAAGGAUUACAUCGCCCUGAACGAGGACCUGCGCUCCUGGACCGCCGCGGACAUGGCGGCUCAGAACACCCAGCGCAAGUGGGAGGCGGCCGGUGUGGCGGAGCGGAACAGAGCCUACCUGGAGGGGAUGGUGGAGUGGCUCCGCAGAUACCUGGAGAACGGGAAGGAGACGCUGCAGCGCGCGGAUCCCCCAAAGACACACGUGACCCACCACCCCGUCUCUGACCAUGAGGCCACCCUGAGGUGCUGGGCCCUGGGACCCUGCGGAGAUCCACUGACCUGGCAGCGGGAUGGGGAGGAGCAAACUCAAAUUGUGGAGACCAGGCCAGGAGGAGAUGGAACCUUCCAGAAGUGGGGAGCUGUGGUGGUGCCUUCUGGAGAAGAGCAGAGAUACACGUGCCAUGUGCAGCAUGAGGGGCUGCCGGAGCCCCUCACCCUGAGAUGGGAGCCAUCUUCCCAGCCCACCAUCCCCAUCGUGGGCAUUGUUGCUGGCCUGGCUGUCCUAGCAGUUGUGGUCACCGGAGCUGUGGUCGCUGCUGUGAUGUGGAGGAGGAAGAGCUCAGGUGGAAAAGGAGGGAGCUACUCUCAAGCUGCGUGUAAGUGGUGGGGGUGGGAGUGUGGAGGAGAUCACCCAUCCCGUAAUUCCUCCGGUCCCACGUCUCCUGCGGGCUCUGACCAGCUCCUGUUUUUGUUCUACCCCACACAAUGUGAGGAGGUGGAGAGACAGCCCAUCCCUGUGUCCACUGUGACCCCUGUUCCCACGCUGACCUGUGUUUCCUCCCCAGUCAUCUUUCCUGUUCCAGAGAGGCACCUUCAUAGCCACAGCGUCCUCUCUGCAUGGGGAGUUCAUGGCCCUUCCCCUGAACACGGUGACAUGGAUCUCGCCAAAGGUGGAGAUGACACCAUUCCUCCCCCCACCAUCUUUUGCUAUAGAGCAACUGGACGAGCGGGCUCGGAGGUGCUCACCGCUGCUGUCAUGGUUCGUUUGCUAAACUGCAUCGUCGCUGUGCCCCAGAUCAUGGACAUUGGCAAGAACGGGCACCUGCCCUGGCCGCCGCUCAGGAAUGAAUUUAGGAUACUCGUGACGCGUCCCCAGUUCCCACUCUCAUUGGGUGUCGGAUGUCUAGAGAAGCCAAUCAGCGUCGCCGCGGUCCCAGUUCUAAGGUCCCCACGCACCCACCCGAACUCAGAGUCUCCUCAGACGCCGAGGGUUCGGGUCAUGGCGCCCCGAACCCUCCUCCUGCUGCUCUCGGGGGCCCUGGCCCUGACCGAGACCUGGGCCGCCCUGAACGAGGACCUGCGCUCCUGGACCGCCGCGGACUUGGCGGCUCAGAACACCCAGCGGAAGUGGGAGGCGGCCCGUGCGGCGGAGAAGCUGAGAGCCUACCUGAAGGGCGAGUGCCCGGAGUGGCUCCGCAGAUACAUGGAGAACCAGAAGGAGACGCUGCAGCGCGCGGACACCCUAAAGACACACGUGACCCACCACCCCAUCUCUGACCAUGAGGCCACCCUGAGGUGCUGGGCCCUGGGCUUCUACCCUGCGGAGAUCACACUGACCUGGCAGCGGGAUGGGGAGGAGCAAACUCAGGACACCGAGCUUGUGGAGACCAGGCCAGGAGGAGAUGGAACCUUCCAGAAGUGGGGAGCUGUGGUGGUGCCUUCUGGAGAAGAGCACAGAUAUACGUGCCAUGUGCAGCACAAGGGAUUGACGGAGCCCCGCACCCUGAGAUGGAAGCCAUCUUCCCAGUCCACCAUCCCCAUCGUGGGCAUUGUUGCUGGCCUGGCUGUCCUAGCAGUUGUCACCGGAGCUGUGAUCGCUGCUGUGAGAUGGAGGAGGUAGAGCUCAGGUGGAAAAGGAGGGAGCUACUCUCAGGCUGCGUGUAAGUGGUGGGGGUGGGAGUGUGGAGGAGCUCACUCACCCCAUAAUUCCUCUUGUCCCAUGUCUCCUGCGGGCUCUGACCAGGUCCUGUUUUUGUUCUAC